AUGUCGGGGAAGGCGUCGUCGUUUAAUUUGACGCUGAUCGAUGCCUAUUAUCAACAUCCAAUGUUAUAUGACAACAGACACCGUGACUAUAAAGUGCAGAAUCCGACCAAAGAAGCCUGGUUGGAGGUGGCUAGGAUCUGUAAUUCUACUCGUAAGUUGGCUAGAUAUUAUACUUUUGGACUAGAUCUGAUACUUUUAAAGAAAUUAGUCUGCCCAUUGAUAUAGAUCAAUUCGUAAUUGAAUUAAGUUUUUGAUCGUAUGUUUUCAGCCGACGAAUGUCGAGCUCGCUGGAAAGCCCUGAGGGAUCGUUUUAUAAAAGAGAGGAAAAAGAAAAAUGCAAAUGCACUGUACAAAGCAGCUUGGCCAUUGUACCAUAAAAUGGAGUUUUUGGAGCCAUUCAUAGAACAUUCGUAGGUUUUUACAAAAAAAAUUAUUAGGGUGUAACACUUCUACACUACCUUAUGAUUACCAUUCUCUUACCAUAACUGUCUUACCCUACCAUAACUCACCCUACCCUAUUCUACCUUCAAAUAGCUUAGUCUUACUGGCAACUUUGGAUGUAUGGUUAAAUAACAACUAUUCAAAUUUAAGUUAUUUGAUUUCAGACACAAGAAAGACCUUCGCAUAAUGAGAAACAAUGCCCUGCACGAUUUGCCUCGACGAACGAUAGAGAACGUUGUGGCCUUAUUGGUGAGAGAAGCACAAGGAAACCCCCUUAACACACAACACUUAUCAGCCAUGGAAGUUGACAGUAAACUACCUCUAACAACAUCGCUGAAUAUUACUCCCGAAUCUUCAGAAGUCACCGUGCAGGAGUAGGUUUUGUAAAAUACGCUGUGUCGCCGUAUGAUUUAUGUUUAAAAAUAAAUCAAUUAUUAUUGGCACAGAAUUAAGUGAACGACCGAAUACUAAAGAUGAAGAUCUAUAUAAAUAUAUAUUUAUAUGUGUUAGUUAUAUUAUAUUGAUGUUUCAGAGAAGGCCACGAACUCGAAAAGUUCUAUCUCCGUCUGAUAAGAGAAGUAAAGCAACAUCAGCUACUGUUCGACUCAUCUAACUCACUAUAUCGAGUAACAGCAGCUAGAAAUCGGGUCUGGGAAGAGAUUGCACAGUCUUUCGGUGAUGGAUAUACAGGUAAGCCAUUGGCUUUCCUUAUGUUAUAAUAAUUUUUAAAUAGUAAAGUUAUAAUUAAAAUUUCAUAUUACAGUUUGUUGACAUUAAAAAAAGUAUAAUUUUAAUUACUUUCUUAAAACUUUAGCUCAAGCUCAAGUAAAUAAUGUAAAAUACGAAGAGUUUUGUAAAUUUCCUUUACCUCAAGCUUAAACUUCUGAACAAUUUUAAUUCACCGAACAAUCACCUUUGCAGCCAGUGAACUUCGCACCAAAUGGCGUUCCAUCCGUGACCGCUACAUCCGCGAACGUCGUCUCUACAAAGAGUCUAUCCAGGAAGGCAAACCUAGAUUCCCCAAGUGGUCUCUAUACCCAGAGUUCUCCUUCCUCGACUACUACGUCGACCAAUCCUUCCCGCGUCAACACGUCCAACCAGAAGGUCAUGAUAACGAUUCCGUGCAUUCUGGAGAGAAUCAGAUGCACGUCGACACAGAAGAACAAGCCUCACCAUCGUCCUCAUCUUCCACUCCAUCCAUUGUCGAUCCAGUACCGUCGUUCGUGAACUCAGCAACUAAUAAUAAUAACAAUAUCAACAAUGGCGGACUCCUUCAGCUGUUCCAGAAGCUGAUUCAGAAUCAACAGACGCCGAUUCUGGGUGUUAAUGGAGUGAAUGGAGAUGGUUUGCAGGGAGAGAAUCCGAAUAAUCUACUUUUGAGUAGGUUUUUGAUAUAAAAUUGACGGAAAAUAGCGAUAAAACGAAAAAAAUGGCUAAAAUAACGUAGAAACUGUGAACGGGUUAAGUUUUUCUCUGAAAACUGAAAGUUUGGGUCAAGUUGUUCCAUGAUAAAUACUGUUGUUUAGAAGACUGAAAUAUCGAAUUGAAAGAUGUUUAUCAGAGUAAUAAAUUAUUAAUUUUUGGUAAAAUACGAGUACCAUUAUUUUAAAUUAAUUUUUACUAAUAAAAUUUUUAAUUUUGCUUUGUUUUAGAUAACAUUUCCUCGCUGAUCCAGCCUCGCCAACCCCGUGCUCGUCAGACAGUCCCACCUCCAGCUGUGCCUUCUUUCUCGACCACUUCUCUUACCGAAACCGUCAACGAUGCCUUAGCUGAUCUGCACAAAUGUCAAGCCAAACUGACUUCCAUCUCUCAAGGAAUCUCCGAGAAUGGCCUAGAAUACUCGUUUGGCCAUUACGUCGCUUCUGAAUUGUUGAGAACACCCGAACCACGAAGAUCCGACAUUAGACGGUCGAUUUUGGCAUUAUUAUCGGCUGAAAGUAAGACAAAAGUUGAGGCUGAAGAUAUGAAUGGCAAUUCGGCCGAUACAUCGAUUACUGCUUGA